UAAGGAUGACGCUGGAGGUACAAGAACGUAUAAUUAGACGCAUUAAAGGUGCUAUAACACGAUUAGAAGCGUGCUGCUCCGGUGUAGACAGCCCUGAUGUCGGUAUAGAUAAUGAUACUGGAGAUAGUACUGCAAUGUCUACCAAUGACAUCCGCGAUGGUCUGAGCAGGAGCGCAGGCGAUGUAUUGGCUUGCUAUAUGGUAAACGUAUGCAAGGGCUGUGACUUUGAUGAAGCAGAUGGUCUUAAUGGGAGUACGAAUGCAUCGAUACAAGCUCAGUCAUUGGUGGAACGAGACUGCGUUGCUAUAUAUAGUGCUACGUUGAGUCGUUAUUUGAAAUUGGAAUAUCUUGGGGACAAUAUAGUUGAAUCUCCUAAAUAUGACGGUGCAGAUUGUUUUAGCAUAUCGAUAGGGGAUUUAUCACGUUGUUUUCCUAUACGUAAUGCGUUAUCCAUCUUAAGUGACUUUUGCAUAUCGGACGGUGUGCUACGCAUUGAUUUACGGAAGCAUCCUUUUAAUUUUCUACGCAGGAUUGGCAACAUACUUUGCCAAAUGUGCCCACUGUCGCGUGAUUCUCACAUCCAUUACAUCGCAAAGCACCUUACAGUAAGUGGCGCUGCUAAAGUAGUCCAGCUUGACAAUUUCACUUGCUCUCAACCAUGGGUUGUUUAUUGGUCAUUACAUGGCUUGAGCAUUCUGGGUGCUGACAUUUCACUAUAUAAGGAUCGUGCUAUACACAGCUUGUUUUCAUGCUGGGACAGUGUAUCUGGUGGCUUUGGUGGUGGCCCUGGUCAGAUUGGACAUUUGGCUACUACAUAUGCUGCUAUAUGUUGUUUCAAGAUGUUUGGUUGUGUUAAUAUGUUGGACACAGCGAAGAUCCGUAAAUUUUUGUUCGAUAUGAAGCAGCCUGAUGGUACAUUCACUGUACAUCGUGGUGGUGAAGUGGACGUUCGUGGUAUUUAUUGUGCUGUGGCUUCAGCGUUUCUACUCGAUAUAUUAGAUCCAGAGUUAUCGGAGGGCGUUGCAGCUCGUAUUGCGAUGUGCCAAGGCUAUGACGGUGGUAUUGGUGGUGAGCCAUUUUUGGAAUCUCAUGCAGGCUACGUAUACUGCGGCACGGCAGCUCUUAAGCUUUUGAACUCGUUGGACGCCAUAGAUACUGAUCGAUUGCUUCAGUGGUGUCGUCAACGUCAAACAGCUGAGCUAGGAUUUCAGGGUCGCCCUCACAAGUUGGUUGACGUUUGUUACUCCUUUUGGCUAUCUGGUACUUUAGCUUUAUUAAACGAGCCAAUAAAUUCAUCUAGUGAUCUAAGCCAUUUACUUUUGAAGGCUUACAUUUUAUGUAUAUCGCAGAACCCUGGUGGUGGUUUUCGUGACAAGCCUACGAAGCCUGUUGAUCUCUAUCACACGUGUUAUGCGUUAUCUGCAAUGGAGGUCAUAUCGCAACCGCCACAUCUUUCUCGAUUGGAUAUCGCCUUGAACAUUCUAAAAUGUUAAUA